GGCAAGAGUUCAAGGUAGGGCUCCAACAGGCAUGUCGGCAUCUACUUAGGUCGUGCUUCCGUCCCACGAGACUGAACUGGUGAUCUGGAGGGGGUCAGAAUCGGCAAUGCCACCACAAAUCCUUAUCGGUUUAGCGCAGACCGUCUCGGCCGUCCAGAGCUGCCUUUGCCAUCGGACACGCGCCGUCGGCAAGGACAAGUCCUCUCAGUGUCAUCCGACGUCCAUUUAUCUCUGCGCAGAACAUAUGCCACCCUAUCCUCAGAACGCUGGCAAAAGCGGUCACUUCCAUCGGAGUAGAAGCAUACAAUGAAUCACAGUCAAAUUUGGUCUGCUGAUGGACCUUUACAGGCCUGUAUGUUGCCAGCGGACUACAUCACAGAGCCGCUUAUCGACGACUAUUGCCCUCGAUGGCCCUCUGCUCAGGAGCAAGGUUGCCAAAGCGCCAUCGGCGAACACUUUGUCAACGGAGACCAGCAUAAGCCUGUUCAUGACUAUGGAAUGCUUAGUCCAGCGCCCACAGCUACGGCAGCAUCGCCACCAAAUUGGUCCGGUGACGGUCCGUCCACCGUCAGUGGUGCUUGGGCUCCAGUAAGCCCUAUCAGCCCAAGUGAGGUCGGGUUUGGAGGCGAAGGGUUAGGCAUUCAGCUCGGAGUCAUGCCCCGCGCAUCUGUAACAACGACGCCGCCCACGCUUCAAGUUGGACCUCGAAGUUGGGCUGCCAGCGCUGGCCUCGAUGUAUGCAACAACACGUACUUGGGUUAUGCCACAGCCACGUCACUACCUCAUAGAGUGGGAGUUCCCGUCGGCUUGUAUGCGCGCUGGACCGGUGAGAUGGCUGCUCCGAAUCUGCCAGAUGAGUCUUUUCCACAGGCAAGCUUUGCGAUACCUUCGGACUCGGCCACCAUCUGGAACAACAACCCACGAGUCCAGCCCGAGCACACCCUCCCACCUCGGCAAGCCGAUCCCUGCAUACCCAACUCCCUCUCCAAACGCUCCCAAUCCCGAACCCAGCAAACAUCAAAAAGGGCCAACCCAUCAUCCACACCCCUCAACAAAACAACGGUUCCCGCGGUGACGACAACAACAUCAACAACAAGCACGAGAAUAAGAGAAGAAGUCCCCGUCAGGCCAACCCCCAACGCCGCAAUAAGCACCAAGCCCUCCACCAGCACUAGUAUAACUAAAGGCUCGACCCUCCGCACAGCAACCCGUCGCGUCAAGCGCCCGGCGUCGUCAUCCCCAAAGCCAGGUGAGCCGCCGGAGCGCCAACGGGCGCGCGCCAACCACAACCUGGUGGAGCAGCAAUACCGGCACCGGCUGCACGCGCAGUUCGAGGCGCUUCUCGAGGCGCUGCCUGAGAGGAUGCUUGACGGGGAGGGGCAGAAUAAUGAUAGUCCGGAUGGGGAUAGGGCCAAGGCGAAUAAUGGGGGAGUGGGUGGUCGGGAUGGAAGCAAGAGGCGGCGGAUGAGCAAGGCGGAUGUGCUCACGCGGGCGGCGAGGGUGAUACGGGAUUUGGAGGGGGAUAUCGAGCUUGUGAGGAGGGAGGUGGAGGGGUUGAGGAGGGAAAGGCAGACGGUGCUUGGGAGGGUUAGGAGUGCUUGGGAAGGUCGGGAUGUGGAGGGUCGGGGUGGUGGUUUUGCUCUUGUGGGUGAGAGAGGGAGUUGACAAUUGCGAAUCAAUAGUUGAGAUUGGAGCCCGGUGGGGCAUGAUUAGGAGGCAAUCCGGCUUAUAAGGUAGUUUGGGUUCUUAGCUGGAUUUGACGCUUCUGCUUCGCGCUGGGGCAACUUGCAAGGAGCUGCCCGAACCAUGCAGCUUACAGAAAUGAUGAGACCACUGCUUCACG